AUGCAAUUAUUUCAUUUAUUUAUUACAAUCAUAACAAUAAGCUUAGUCAAAGCAUUAGAAUACAAUUUCAAAGUCUAUACAACAAUAAAUGGAAUAAAUUAUUACUUAAAUUCAAAUGGUGAAUUUAUAAAAGAAGAUACAGAAACAAGAUUUAAAUUAGAUUCAGAAAAUAAUUUAAUUUUAUAUAAUUCAAAUCCAUUACAAAUUUUAGUUAAUGAUCCAAUUUUUUCAAUUUUUCAAUUUUUUCCUCAAUAUACUAUUGAAAAUGAAAUUUUACCAUGGAUUUUAACAGAUGAUGAUUCAAUUAUUUAUUCUGAAGCUUUAUUUAUUUGUGAAAAAGAAGCUCAUUUUAAUUUACGUAGAGUUUCAUUACAAGAUUGUUCAAAUUUUGGUGAGUUGAUUAGGUUUGAUUUACAAUUGAAUGAAUUAGAUGAAGUUGUUGCUAAUUAUGUCAAUGCUACUGAGAGUUUUGGCACAGAAACUGUCACAGAAACAAUUACUGAGACUACGUUUGUUGAUGAAACUGGAUUGGAAACUGAAACUAUUAUCAUCCCUACUGAAAGUCCGGUAGUUAGAUAUACAAACAAUUCAGAUGCCACAUCAAUAGUAACUCAAUCCGUAUCAUAUUUCACACAAACAAGUGAAAUAUUAGUUACUAUUACCAGUUGUGAUAGAUCAAAUCAAUGUUCAGAAUUCAUUGAAACAUCAACAUCAAUUGCAAAUGCUGUUACAACUUAUUCAAACAAUGAUAAGGUGAUUAUAACUAUAACUUCUUGUGGAGAAGGAAUUAAUUGUCAAGGGUCAUCAUCAAGUAUUGAACAAAAUGCUUUAACUUAUAUUUCAGAUGAAGAGAGUGCUGUUAGUCCGUCAAUAAAUUCUAUUGAUCCAUUAUUAAUAAAUAUGGGAUCCGUUGUUAACCGUGAUUUUAAAUUAUUGAUUGUAAUUUUAGCUUUUGUUUCAGUAUUGAUUGUUUUAUAG